AUGGCUCCUAUAACCCUCGCUGGCUCGGCGGACUCUAUGAACAAAUUCGAGGACUUGUCAGGUAUUGACACUGCGAAAUAUGCCAACCCAUAUGAUGCUUUGAUAGAAGCAUGCCACGAUGACCCGGCAGAAAUACAAGCUAAGUAUGCAACUCAUCGAGAAACUCGCAAUGCUCAACAGAAGGCAAAGAUACUGGCUCCUGAUUUUCAAGAGAUGAUACUGGAUACCGUUCUGCAAAAGCUAGAGGAUCCCAAUAUUGAGCCUGGUUUUGAGGAUCCUAGACAUUGCUUAGUAUUCUGGGCGCGUCCUCCCCAACACAUUAAAGCAUUGGUUGGGACAAUUCAACAAAAGCUACUUGCUUUGGCUCCGAAGCUCUGGCUUAUGCCUCAGCUCAAGUGCCAUCUCACGGCACUUGAGAUAACCCAUUCCUUGACCUCCCCAGAAAUAACCUCCAUUGUUAACCAACUUGGUACAUCCACCAUAUCAACCAUGACCGACUAUCCCCUCCAACACCGUGCACGUCUUAUCAAGCCCAUGCUAUCCUAUGACGCCGCCGCAGUUGCCCUCUCUUUUCUUCCUGCUGCCGGAGAAUCGCUUACGUCAAAUGCUGAGCCAUCAUCUCGCAAUCCCAGAACUGCCCAAGACGAUGCGUUCACCUACCACCAUCUUCGCCAAUCUCUAUUCACCAUUGCCCGAUCUACGGGUAUCUCUGUUGACUCCCGUUACGUAGUCCCCAGUUCACAUAUCACAGUUGGACGAUUUCUCACGCAGGAAGAUCACGAUACGCCCGAAAAGCGACAGGCUUGGAUUGACUUGAUUGAGGAGAUCAAUGUAUGGCUCAAAAAGGAGUAUUGGCCACGUGAGGGGGCAGACAGAGAUGAGCAUGGAGAGUGGGUCGUAGGUCAGGAAAAAGGUUUGGAUUGCAGGAGAGGCCAGUUGUGGUAUGGAGGUGGAGAGACAGUGAUGUUAGGAAAAGGAUUCUAG